AUGGCACCCCCUAAAAAGCCUUCCGUCGACAGUGAUAGGCUUACUAAACCCCGCAGAACGCACCGCAAGUCUCGAAAUGGCUGUCGUGCCUGCAAGGAACGCCACAUGAAGUGUGACGAGUCUCGACCGAUCUGCGCCAACUGCAAGAUUUCGGAUCGUGCUUCCAUGUGUAUCUACAUCAACAAUGGGUAUCAACCGUCGACUUCCCACGCAGCAUCCAGUGUCCACACGCCGUCGCCUUCCCGUCUUUCGCCUUAUUCUUUUCAAACGGGCCCGGCAUUCCCAUCUUUUGGCCCUGGUAGCUCUGUCAGCUCCGCUUUAACGCCUUUCAGCGAUACGCUAGGCAGGGGCGAUCUAUUCGAUCUCAAUCACUUCGCCCUUUAUCAUCACCUUGUGACAAAUCGUUACGCCAUCACAUCGACCAAUCCUUCCGAUGACAGUGUUGUUUCCCAAGCAUUGGACCAUGCACUCAGAGUCCCCUACUUGAUGAAUCAGCUUCUCGCUCUCUCUGCUCUACAUUUGAGCAAGCCUCCCUCCCUUCUGCAACCAUAUCAUCAACUCGCCACCAAUCUCCAAACAAGAGCGCUGACCUUGUUCUACGAGGAGAAGCAAGAGGUCUCAGAGGAGUCAUGUGUACCGCUGUUCCUCUUCUCCUCUUUUGUUGGAGUUCAUGUCCUCUGCGAUAGUCUCCAAGGUCCCAGAGAGAGUUUCAGCGCCGUUCUUGACCGCUUUAUCACCUAUCUGUCCCUGCAUCGUGAUGUUCACGCUGUUACUAAACAGUCGUGGAGCACAGUCGAGCAAUCAGGACUUGGGCAUAACCUCCAACAAAUUAAAGGUGCAUUCCCCACGAUUGAGAAUGGAAUACAAGCGACCGCUAUGCUCGAUAGAAUGAUCGAUUUGAAUGUCUCCUUAUCAUCAGCUACCAAAUAUUGCAACGCCGUAUCCGCGCUGCAGCGGUCAUUUUCCCUCCAUUCAGCACUGAAACAGCAGAACGGACAGCGAUUGGAUGCUGCGAUAGCAUUCUGUCUUGAUGUUGAUGAUGAAUACCUGUAUUUGCUGAAGCAACGACAGCCAGAAGCACUGGUGAUCCUUGCAUUCUUUGCAGUCCUGCUGCAUUGGAAUCGAUCUACAUGGAUAAUUGGCGAUGGAGGACAGUAUCUGAUACAGUCCAUUACGUCCCAUCUCGGGAGUCAUUGGGCAGAAUGGCUGCAAUGGCCUAACUCAAUCCUACAGUUUACUGACCCUAGCCCGAGCUAUUCAUGA